AAUGUAGCAUAGAAAAGCUCCAUUAUUUAUCUGUCUGAGGGACUAUAGGGAUGGCCCUGAGCAAGACACACUGUGGAGCUGUCACCAGGAAGCUGUGGUUCCAAACCAUGACUCAACUCCACCUAAAGCCUGUUUACAGGAAGGGAAACUCCCCUUUCUCGUCCAAGGGUCAGCACAUUUCAGGAAACAGGGAAGUGAAAUUAAACUGCUCUCCUGCCUGGGAUGAGCCAUGGCUGCUGCUGCAAAGGCAAGGCCAAGCCUCCAGGAUGAAGCUUCUUGUUCCAUCUGCUUGGAGUAUUUUAAUGAUCCGGUGACUAUAGACUGUGGGCACAAUUUCUGCCGAGCCUGCAUCACCCAGUGCUGGGAGGGAUCUGAUAAAGACGUCUCCUGCCCUCAGUGCAGAGCAACCUUUCCCCAGAGGAACCUCAGGCCGAACUGGCAGCUGGCCAACGUGGUCGAAAUAGCCAAGCAGCUACAUUCGCAAUCGACAAAAGAUGCCGGAGCCGGGAGAGCGUGCGAGAAACACCAGGAGGCUCUGAAACUCUUCUGUCAAGAGGAUCAGUCCCCCAUCUGCGUGGUGUGCGACAGAUCCAAGGAGCACAGGGCUCACACGGUGGUUCCUGCAGAGGAGGCCGCCCAGGAGUACAAGGGACAAAUUAGGAGUCGUUUGGAGAUGUUGAAGAAGGAGAUGGACGGCAUUGCUGCACUGAAACUGAAGGGGGAAAUAACAAGCGAGGAGCUGCUGCAACAGACGGAGAGCGAGAGGAAGAAGAUUCUGUUGGAAUUUGAGAAACUCCAUAUGUUUCUAGAGGAGAAAGAAUUGCUCCUAUUGGCCCAGCUGGAAGUGCUGGACAAGGAGAUAUUGAAGAGGCAGGAUGAAUUUACCGCCAGGCUCACCCAGGAGAUAUCUCGUCUCGGGACCCUGAUCAGUGAGAUGGAAGGGAAGUGCAGGCAGCCAGCAAGUGAAUUCCUGCAGGACAUCAGAAGCACCUUGAGCAGAUACGAGAUGGGGAAGAUUCAGAGUCCACCAUCCCUUCCUCUGGAACUGAAAAGGAGAGUCAAGGAAUUCUCUCAGAAGCACGCAUUUCUGGAGCAUGCUCUGAGUAAAUUUAAAGAGACUCUGUCAUCUGAACCAAAGCUGGACAAAGCAAACGUGACCCUGGAUCCAGACACGGCUCAUCCUCAUCUCAUCCUCUCCGAGGAUGGGAAAAGCGUGAGAUGGGGACCUGCACGGCAGGACGUGCCCGACAACUUCAGAAGAUUUGAUCCCGUUCCCUGUGUGCUGGGCUGUGAGGGGUUCAGCUCGGGGAGACAUUGCUGGGAAGUGGAGGUGGACGGGAGCAGUUGGGCCGUGGGGGUGGCCAGAGAGUCUGUGAGGAGAAAGGGAGGGGUCAGCCUGGAGCCAGAGGAGGGGAUCUGGGCUGUGGGGCAGCUGAACCCAAUUCAGUAUGUGGCUCUCACUUCUCCUUGGACAAGCCUGCCACCGGAUAGGAGACCCAGGAAGAUCAGGGUCGCCCUGGACUACAGAAGGGGGCAGGUGGCAUUUUUCAACGCUGAGAACAACACUGAGAUCUUCACUUUCCUGGCAGUCGCUUUUGCUGGGAGAAUCUUCCCGUUCUGCUGGGUGGCAGACAAAAACUCCCAGGUCAAAAUGUGUCACUGAGCUGCGAGAUCACGUAGUCCUCUUCCCCCACACCCGGGGCCUGGAUCUGGCAUCUGCUCCGUAGAA